GACACUUCAAGUUUUUAAAUGGCUUGGGAUUAUUUAAAAUAACCGUUAUAUUCUAGUGAUGCCAAUCUGUUGGAAGCUCGCUCAGCUGCGGCGUUAAGUUGGGUGCGACAGGUUCUCGAUGUCAUUUUUGUUUGGUUUUUCGUUCGGUACGCAUUUUUGUUAAUGUUGGAAAUGUUUUGGGAAAAGUGAAUUUUUUAACGCCUAAACAUAAAAUGACCAAAAUGCAUUGCACUUAUGGCCCCCCGCCAGAUUCGGAUUCAGAUGAAAGCUAUGAUGGUUUCUACUUUGAUACAAAUGAGACGUUUAAACGCGAGAGGCCCAAAUCAUAUAUACCCAAAGACCAAAAACUCUAUGAUGCACUGAAGGAUGGCGAUGUGGAAGUGGUGAGCGCGGAAAUCGACGCUCUUAGUAUUCAUGUGGACGAUUCCGUGCGUGGAGGCUUUACAAUGUUACUGCAUGCCUGCGCUGAAGGACACUACAAUUUAGCCGAGUACUUGAUUGUGAAGCGGGGCGCCAAUGUCAAUAAGCAGGUAGACUCUGACAUGCCGCUAAUGAAAGCCUGCGAUUGUCGUCGCAACGAACCGCAACUGGUCGAGAGAUUAGUAAAUCUACUGCUACGCAGUGGGGCCGUCAUAAAUGUAUCGGAUAAAUAUGGCAUGACACCGUUUAUGUUCGCCUGCCGUAAUGGAUAUACGAGCGUUGUGCGGCUUCUGCUCAAGGACGUAUCUUUCGAUGCCGUUGACAAUCAAGGUUGUACCUCAAUUUUUCACGCCGUUGAGAUGAAUCGGCCCGAUAUUGUCAAGUUGUUGGUGGACGCUGGCGUUAAUGCGACAAUAGCAAAUAAUAAGGGCUAUACCCCCACACAGGUGGCCGAAUUUCAUGGAUUCUAUGACCUACUCGACAUCUUGCCGCGAAAAAGCACAAGCUACCAAGUGCCAUCCCAAUUUUUGGGUUACAGCAAGUUGAGUGAUCACAUACCAAGAAUUUUUCUGAAAACGGAAUGUCCCGAGUACUUUCAGGACUUGAAUACUAUUCUGUACUCGAUCAACAUGCAGAAUAUGUUGGAACAUUUUGCCAAGGCGCGCGUUUCGUUGGGCGAAUUUCUAGUAAUGGAUGAAAAGAAGUUACAAGACGUGGGCAUUGAAAUGCCUCUCUACCGUAAUAAGAUUAUGAAGGGCAUAUUGGAUUUUCAUCUGCAUCAUUGGUCCAAAAAGUCCAUUGCGCGCAUCAAAAAGGACGGCAUGAAUAACUUCUAUGAAAUCCUCAUGAUCACUGGCAAUCACCUGCAGCAUUUGGUCAUCCUACAGUCCUCCAUACGUUUUGUUAUUCGCAAUCAAGAGGCUGGCAAUUUCGGUAAACUAACCGAGCUGCAACUGGCUAACUUCCAAAGCAAUUUAAAGGCAUAUCGUGAGGUCAUUAACGAUCUCAAAAAGACCGUAAAAUACCUGGCAUCUUUUAGUCCACCGAAGAAUCCGCUUCAUAUCGACUACAAUGAAAUUUUGGCACAACGCAAACGCAACAAAGUGCGUAAAAUUUUCAAAUACACAACAAUUAUUCUAGGAAUCUCAGUUUUUGUUUGCUUGAAGUGCAAAUUUCUUUUCUAAACACAAACCGUAUUAUUAGUUCACAAAACUUUUGUGAAUCGAAUACAGUACAAAAAUACACUGAAGCGUUCCUUUCCAUUAAGAAUUUCAAAAAUUCCAUUAAGUAUAUGCAAGUUAAUCAAAAUAUGUUAAACCUUUUCGAAUAGAGAGCUUACUGCUUAAACACCAAUCUUUUGAAU